AAAGAAGAAGAAAUACUUGUUCAAAUUGUAACAAGGAAGGACACUACUUUCAGGAUUGUCCAGACAUAGAAUGUGAACUUUGCAAAAAUAAAGGACACAUUAAAAGAUUUUGUCCAACAAGAACUUGUGGAAUUUGUAAUGGGAAAGGACAUUUAGAAAGGGAUUGUAAGAAUCAAGGAAUAAUUAAUGAAUUAGGAAGAGAAUAUUCAUUUGGAAAAAAUUACGAAAAUAAUAGAUAUCAAGAAGAAAAAGACAAAAGAAUAGAUAAUCUUAAAAAGUUAGAAAAUGAAGAAACAAAGAAAUUAAGACAAAAGAUAAGGGACUUGAAAAUGUUUAAAAAAGAAUACCAAGGAAUCUUUGGAGAAGAGAUACCUGAGGAUGAUUUUGAAUAUCAUUUCAAUGUAGAAUUAAAGUUAAAAACAUAUAAAGAAUUAUGGUUAAGAAAGAUGAAGAAACUAAUAGAAUAA